AGAGUGUGUGGGGAGGGGGAGUGGGGGUGAAGACUUUGUGGUGAGGGGUCGCUUGUGGACGAGGUUAUGAAGGAAGAAUGGAGUUUCCAGACCAUAGCAGGCAGUUGCUGCAGUGUCUGAGUCAGCAGCGUCACCAGGGUUUUCUCUGUGACUGCACUGUUCUCGUUGGAGACGCUCAGUUCAGAGCUCAUCGUGCUGUGCUUGCUUCAUGCAGCAUGUACUUCCAUCUCUUUUACAAGGACCAGCUGGACAAAAGGGACAUUGUUCAUCUCAACAGCGACAUUGUCACAGCUCCUGCCUUCGCUCUGCUUCUUGAAUUCAUGUAUGAGGGGAAACUUCAGUUCAGCCAUCUACCAGUUGAAGAUGUGCUCGCUGCGGCCAGCUACCUCCAUAUGUAUGACAUUGUGAAAGUCUGUAAGGGGAGACUCAAGGAUAAAGAGCUGUGCCCGGACGAAAAAAGGAAUGGCGAUGCCUUUGGGUCCGUAAAGGAAGAGGGCUCUUCAGAAAGUGAGCAGCCGCUGGUAAAUGAUCUCGCUGCAAACGGUAAACAAAAUUGUACUGUUACAGACUACCAAACAAGUGCAGGAGACGGGAAGAUUAACGGACACUCGAGGAGCUUUUCUGAUCUUGUAGACGAUGGUCCUUCAUCUUCAAAACCAGAACUGGGCAAUGCAGCAGCUGGAAAAACAAAGUGUAGUGUCAGUCCUUGCACAGGGUCUUUGUCUCAGAGAUAUGUUCACCCUUUCGAGGCUUCAGCCGAUGGGGAUUGUGCUCUAGAUCUGUCUUUCAAGUCUGUAUCUGGACGAGAUUUCUUUUACUCCCCCUACGUUUCUGGACAGCUAGCCUCUGACAGUCAGCAGCAGGGCACCGGGCCACUUGUUGGAGAUGAACAAGAGUUGCCGUCAGACCAUGAGGAGAGCGAAGAAACGGAUCCAGCAUAUCAGACUGGGAAUUCUGCCAGUCCUGUGGUAGCAAGUGUCGGCCCCGUGUUCCCAGGGAAUGGCGUGACGCACCCCGAAGAAAUCAAACGGGAAAAGGAGGGGUGUGAGGAUGACAUGGCAUCAUCAGACGUUUCCAACACCAGAAUGUCGACAGGGCACAUAUUUAUCUGCCCUCUCUGCAGCAAAGGCUUCCUAAGUCCCCCCGCUCUUCAGCUUCACUUGAGCACUCACUUCAGGGAGAAGGAUGGCCCUCGGGUCAAAAUGCCUACUGACGGCUCAGUGCCCACCUGUUCGCAGUGUGGGAAAACCUUUUCCUGCAUGUACACGCUAAAGCGUCACGAACGAACUCACUCGGGUGAGAAGCCUUACACCUGUGGCCAGUGUGGCAAGAGCUUUCAGUACUCUCACAAUCUCAGUCGUCAUGCAGUUGUGCACACUAGGGAGAAGCCACAUGCCUGCAAAUGGUGUGAGAGGCGUUUCACCCAGUCAGGUGAUCUGUAUAGACACAUCCGCAAGUUCCACUGUGGUCUUGUAAAGAGCGUUGCCAUCAGAUAAUGUUUUUAUAAAAAAAGAAGGAAAAACCUGAAAUUCAUGUACAUUAUUGAAAACCAUGCAUGGUAAAUGUAUAAAGAAACCAAUUCCACCGCAUGGCUUUCUUUCAUAAAAUGUCCGUGCGAAGAAAGGCGUCUGCUUUCAAUACAUGUCUUUUAAACUUGUUCUUAAAGCUGCAGUACUUUUUUUUAGGAAACAUUGUAACAUUUUAGCACAACCAGUACAGAUUUCUUUUAAUCUAAUUGCAGCACAGAAGUGUCAUUAGUGGUGAUUUUUGUUUCGUGUUUUUUUUCAUUAAACCCUCCCCCUUUCUAUUCUUCACUCCUGGAAUUCCGGAAAUCUUUCACACCGGAUUUCAUUUUUUUCCCACCCCAAUAUGGCACAAAUGGUAGCAGGUUUUAUUUUUCCCUUUCCUGGUUUAUCGUCAAUCAACCUACUAAAUUCAGUCAUGAUACAUCCCCAAAACGAUUCACAGACAGUUUGCCAAAUGCUUGUUUGCCACAUACUGUCGCCCUAGCAGCCAAUGCACGCUGGUUAAUGCCUAAGCAAAUAAUCUUACACCUCCCUGAAAUGAAACUUUACUGUACAUGGGUACACUUUGACAAUGUGACCUUUCAUUUGUAAUUGACCCAAUACCGUUGACUCCAAUGAGAAUCAAAUCAAUUGUGGUAUUUUACUAUACAGUACUGCAGCUUUAAUCUGGUGAGUUUGGGGUACUGUCGUCUUAUUUACUGAAGGAAUUCAGUUCUGGAGUGUUGUGGUAUCCUUGGUGUUUUGCUGUGAUUUGAAUAUAGCACUAAGAACAACUACUAAAUGUUGUAUUGCUUUUUCCUGAUGAAACUUGAUAUGUAUUUAUAGGACUUUGAUGUUUGGGAUGCAGUGGGUUUUUUGUUUUGGUUAAAUACUGUCUUUAGAAAACUGAAGUAAAAUUUUGUUUUGGGGCUAUAAUUUUCAAGUGAAAUAGCCCCUUUUUGACCUGAUGCAGUAAGUGUGAAAUCUUACGAAACAUUUGAGUUCUCCAACUUGCGAUAGAAUCCCAACAGCAGCAAUUACUACUGAUUUCCAUUUUUAGUUUUGUCAAUUAAGUGCAUAAAUAUUACUGAUAUUCUCUGGAAAAAAUGCUGGUGUUUAUCACUGUUAAUGUGAAUUUUUUUUCAGCCACAUGGGUAUUGCUGAAUCAUACCAGAACAAAAAAGAAAAAAGGUUUUGAAGAAGUAAAAUGUGAAUUCAAUUCCUUUUUGAAUUUGAAGAUAUCUAUUAAAAUGGUGUUGCACACUUUAAAAAAAAAUGUUUAUGUUGCACUCUGUGUUCUCUUGAAGUUUGUUUAUUUUAAAAAUCGGUUAACCAUAACUGCUUUUUUUUUAAAAAAUAAGCAGUUUAAAGGAAAGAUUAAAAACUGGAAAUGUCAUCUAAUCAAAUUGAAAACAGGUAAGUGCUGUGAAAAAUUUUUGUAUAAUCAAAAAAAAAUUAUUUAUAGUUUUUUGAUCUUUACUACAGAGUUGCUGUGUAUAAUUCAGACCUUUGAAAUUUAUUAAUGGAGAGUUUUAUAGUGAGAAUUUAGAAGAGGCGUUAGAAAUGGAGUAUACUUUUUUUUACAAAACUUCUAUUGCAUUUUUAUAGGAAAAUGUUUUCAUGGUUAAAUUUUAACAGUAAUGUUCUGUAUAGUCUAUAGAGGACAAUCGGAAAGUGAAGGGUGAUUUUGAUUAAACUCCUUAGCGCUUAUUCAGCAAGAAGUCUCUGAAUUUUGAGUGUUGAAUUUUUUUUGCCACUGUUCAGUGUGUUGUAAAACUGUGACAAUCGUGAGUAGGGCUUUUUUUUUAGUUUUAGCAAAAUUAAAAAAAAAAUCAAUUGUAUUAAGAACCUAAUUUUGCAGACUUAUGUAUUUUUGUUUAUGGCAGAGUCUAAAUACCUGUACAUUUUGUGAAUAUGUGCCUUCAUAUAUUACCUCAUUCAGUGAACUGAAUCGCCAGUGCAAUGAUGUGGCACUGUUGGAACCUGUUAUGAAAAUUGAGCAACAAUUCUUAUCAUUAAAAUAACUGACAUUAAA